AUGAAUACAACAGUUCCAGCCUGGAUAACCAGAGCCAUAAAACUGAUUACAAUUGUGACCAGUUCUUUAAAUCUUCAGAAUGUGACCCGGAUCCUAUUCUGGCUGACUAUUCUCAUUGCCUUCUUUGGGAUUGCAGUAAAUGCAGUUGUGGUCUGGCUCCUGGGUUUCCACAUACACAGAACCCCCUUCUCUGUCUACCUCCUCAACCUGGCUAUAGCAGACUUUCUUUUCCUUUGUUGCUAUGUUAUAGUGAUUCUGCACCCUUUAAUCAACAUCUUCCAUUUUAUGCUCACCCAGAUGUUCAAAUUUUUUAUCAUUAUUGGGAUCUUUGCCUACAUUGCAAGCCUGAGCAUGCUCAGUGCUAUUAGCAUUGAGCGCUGCCUGUCUGUCCUGUUCCCCAUCUGGCACCACUGCCGCUGCCCAAGACAUACAUCAACUAUAAUGUGUGCCCUGCUGUGGGCCCUGACACUACUGCUGAGCUUCUUGGAUGGGAGUCACUGUGGUUUCCUGCUUAUGGAGAUGAAUGUUGCUUUGUGUCAGACAUCUGAGUUCAUCCUUUCUACAUGGCUGCUAGUUUUAUUUGUGGUUCUUUUUGGGUCCAGCUUGGCCUUGCUGGUCAGGAUCCUCUGUGGCUCCAGGAGGAAGUUUGUGACCAGGCUGUAUAUGACCACUGGGCUCACAGUGUUGGCCUUUCUCCUUGGUGACCUACCCUUUGGCCUCCAAAAUUUAUUAAURUCAUUGUUUCACAUUGAUUUAGAUAUAUCAUCUGGGUAUGCCUUUGUAGUAUCAUAUACCUUAUCCUCCAUUAACAGAUGCACCAACCCCAUUAUUUACUUCUUUGUUGGCUCCUUUAGGCAUCAGUUUCAAGGACRGCAGAACCUCAAGCUGAUUCUUCAGAGAGCUCUGCAGGACACACCGGAGGAUGAUCAGUGUGUAGAUCCUCCUUCUCGGCAAGCCUUACAGAUGUCUGGAAGGACAGUGGGACACUAA